AUGAUUUUAACUACAAUAUUUCUACUAUUGUGCGCAACCUCAGCCCAAAUACUUCCUCGAUUUGAGAUCAGUGAUCAAGAACUUGUCUCAAUUGUAAAUAAAAUGAGAGAAGUUGAUCAAAACAAGGCCAGAUCAAAUCAAAUUCAACUCAACUUCCAGGGACAUACGGGAUCUGCUGACGUCACGGAUAGGGCUGACAAAAAGUAAGAAGAUCCGUGAUUAUUUGGUCGUUGGUGUAUUACAGGGUGCGCCAAAAGUGUGGACAAAUAUUUUUGUAAGAGCAAAGUGAGGGAAACGUGUAAUGCGUCUAAUUCUAAGAAUCCUUCUGCAAGAUUUCAGACAAAGUAAUUGUAUAUGACUCUUUUUUUGCCAUUGUAAGGGCUCACGACUACGACCCCUAUCGUGAGACACGGACCGCAAAACGGUUAAAAUAUGGUAACACCUUCUUUACAGUUGCAAGGGCUGAAAUUUGCAUUUUCUGCAGAGCAACGAUCGAUUUUUUAUAUUCUGACGGAUCCUUUAGACGUCCUUACACGUUCUUUGUAGAUUGUUCACCGGAAUCGAUUCAUCUUUGCUAAGAAAACCGACCUAUGAGGCGUUGAUCGACCUUCUCGAUAACUAUAAUAUAGAGACCGGAGUCGCUGAAAAACAGUCAACUCAAGUAAGCCCGGUCUUCAUAGUUUAGUUACUUCAGUCAAAUGCCGAGAUCGACCGGUUUCUGGAUCUAAUCCUGGAGACGCCUGUAUGGAGUGCCCUUGGACCUUUUUUGAAGAAUAAAGGUAGGCAAAAAGUAAUCGUUUUUCGACUAUUUAUUCUGUACGAUACUUCUAGGUCAUCCGUUUGCCAAAGACAAAAAAACGAUGAGAAAAUAUCUGAAACAAUUAUGGUUCGAUAAUUACUCCAGGGCUCGAGGACAGCCAGAUACUUCGGGAUUCGAGCACGUCUUUGUGGGGGAGGCCAAGAAUGGAGAGAUCUCGGGAAUGCACAAUUGGAUCAGGUUUUACACCUUGGAAAGGAAUGCUUCUGAAAACUUUGAUUACAGAGGUUUCUUGGUAAAACGCGGAGUAAGUAGAUACAGUAAUCAAAGGUCGUCAGCGGGCCGGGCUCAAAUUAUAACAUGUUAUAAAAUAAAGAUACCGAUUCUGUGAACUCUGCAAAAAAAAGUUUUAAAAUUUGGCCAAAAACUAAAAACGUCAUAGCCAAGCUACAAAAAUUGGCGCGUCUUGAACAUACUGCUUUUCAGAAAAAUAUUUUUUUCUGGGUCCAAUUUAUUUUUCCAAACCUUUUUAGUUGUUGCUUUCUUUUUAGAAUAUCAUGGCGGCCGUAAAGUUUUAUUGGAAUAAAUUAGCGAAGAGAGCAGGCUCAUUACUCAUUGGGACAAGUCCGGAAUUCGACUUUGGGCUGUAUACUUUGUGCUUUUUGAGUCGGCGUUCAAGUAGGACGUGUGAUGUAAGUUAGCCAUCAAGAUGACUAUCAUUCCAGGUCGAAUUGGAUGGAUGUCCAAUGAGUGUAACUAGUUACGACAUCGUCCAGAAUCGCAAAGUUUUCAUUGGAUCCAUCUUCCCCAGUGCCGGCCGAAUGACUGAUAAAUGUCGACAAAGAAAUCGAGCGUGA